CACGAAUAGUCGACCCUCAUUUGACGAAGAGGUUUCGGAUGACAACAACAUUAAAUCAUUAGAGAGGGAAGAAAUUCUAUGUUCGCGGAAGAAAUAGUUUGCUAAGAUUGCAGUAGUUGCUCUCAGGCACAGUAGCAGCUGCAGAGCAUAUUGUUUUCCAGCCUGUACUUUGUCAGGACCAGCCAACCAGUCAGUUCACUGGGAAGAAAAGGUAGGCUACUGUUGUGCGUUUUGGAGUGGCAUCUGAUUCUGCCUUCGUCAUAACCAAAGCUCGUGUCGGAGGAAAUGUCAGACCCGACGGGGGAAAUCACCAACAGGCCCUUUGCAGCUCAGUUGUCCAAUGUUUACUUCAGCAUCUUGGCACUGUUCUGCUUUAAGCUCUUUGUUAAGAUUUCUCUCAACUUGCUGGCAUACUUCUACAUCGUCCGUGGGAACCGUAAAGAGGCGGCCAGGAUAUCAGCAGAAUUCUAUGACUACGGUCAACAACACAGAUCCUGGGCGGACCGCUCACCACUUCACGAUGCUGCAAGUCAGGGCCGUCUCCUGGCACUCAGGACCCUCAUUUUACAGGGUCACAGUGUUAAUGUUCUGACCAUAGACCAUGUGACACCCCUUCAUGAAGCCUGCAUUGGAGACCAUGUUGCUUGUGCCAGAGCCCUCAUUGAUGCAGGAGCAAAUGUCAAUGCCUCUACAAUUGAUGGAGUCACCCCUCUGUUCAAUGCCUGUUCAGUUGGCAGUGUGGUGUGCACUGAAAUUCUUUUGGAAAAUGGAGCAAAACCCCAGAGCCUUGUAUACCAUCCCUCACCAAUCCAUGAGGCUACAAGCAAAGGUCAUUACGGUUGUGUGGAGGCUCUGGUGACUUGGGGGGCAGACGUUGACAUGGACAUUCCUCACCUGGGCACGGCACUCUAUACAGCCUGCGUCUGCCAAGAGCUGGAGUGUGCCAGGAAACUCCUGAGGGAAGGUGCAAAUGUGCAGAAAGGCAAAUCCCUGGAUUCACCCUUACACGCAGCAGCAGAAAAAGACUGUACUGCUGUGGUGAAGCUGCUGCUUGACUUUGGUGCCGACAUCAAUGCCAGAAACACAGAGUUUCAGAGGCCGGUAGACGUGGCUCCACCCAGCAGUUUAACAGAGGGCUUCCUACUGCUCUAUGAAGCUACACCACGACUGCUGAGCCAGCUGUGUCGUCACUGCAUCAGGAACUGCGUUGGUCGUGACAGACUUCACCUUCUGUGCCACCUCCCCCUGCCCAACAGGCUCAGGAACUACCUGCAAUACCAGUGACAGACAGAAUAAGCGUUAAUGGGACUUACAGAAAGAAACCCUUGACACAAAGAACGUGUCAGCUCUAUGAAAUCUUCCUACCAUUAAUUUAGGUAACCAGUCAAUGCAGUGAGUAAUUACUUGAACUGAAUUAGUCAGAAAGUAGACACUGAGUAGCUGACUGUACUAGGUUGUGUUGAGCUGGCUUGCGUCCCCUGUGCAACUGUGGAUUUAGAAAAUGACUUGAUAGUUGCAGUAACUACCAGAGAGUGAUGCACUUUGAAAUCUUUGCAUAAGAUGUUAUAAAAACGUUAUACACAAUAUAUGUACACAUGUUCAUAGUUCUGCAUUUGAGAUAUAAUGGAUUGCACACUAUUAGUUGAUUAAACUGUUUUGAAACCUG